UCGAUCAGGUCGGUCGCGUUCUGUAUUCGUUUACAUCAGGUUAAUUUAGACGGUGUCAAUUGUGGCGCGUGUUGGCGACUCACGACGGAAUUUAGUUCUACUCGCUUUACCGAUGAGUUAGUUCUCUCGCGAUCCGUUGUUUUGGUCGACAGUUUCGUGUUUGCUUGUUUUUGUUUCACACACUGGCCUUUUUCCUGUUUUAUACAUUUGAACUGUAUGGUCAAUUCAAUUUAUGGUCUGCGGAAAAUUGUCACAUCGAACCCGUUUCUAGCUUGUUGAAUUGCGUAGAACAGAAGCGCGGAAGGUGCUUGAUUUGUGAGUUUGCAAUUCUUAGCUGAUUUGGAGUACGCUAAGUGUAUUUGAAAUAAACGUAGCAGCUGCCUCGUAAACCUUAAUUUGUGAAGACACGCACUGUGAGAAUAGUUUCUUCUACUGUGUAAAUUACCACGAGUAAGCAACGUCGCUUCUUACACUGAAAGGAAAACUAAAGACAUUUGUGCGUGAGCUCAUCAAUUUAUCAAACAAAUUACAUUGAGCUGUUAACGGAGUACACGGAUCUAGAACAAUCGAUUAGUGAUACUCAGCGGUUUGUGAAACUUCAUGCGCCUUAACCAUAAUCGAGUCAUCGCGUUAGAUCGCUGAGACAGACGUCGAGAAAAGUGAAACUAUUCUUUUAUAUAAUAAAAUCGAGAAACAGCCACCGACACUAAAACAACAGCUGAAUGGAUGGGGAGCUCCAAAAUAAUUCCGAGAGUGGCGCCUAAUAUCGCAUAGAGAAAAGUUUCUGACAUUGAAGUGUACAAAGUGAAACAUCUCUCACGACAGUUGAUGCAGUGGAACGGAGAGCUCGGUACGAAUAAGAGCAAAAAGCUUACAUUUAUUUGAUGUGUUGCAGCUUGUGCAUAUGCAGAACCGAGAAUGGCGAAGAACGUAGAAUUCCAUGAUAUAGUAUAUGAAGUCAAUGUUCGAAAAAGUUUCAUUAGCGAAAGUACCAAACAAACCAUCGUGAAGGGUGUGAGCGGUGUUUUUCGACAUGGACAAUUAUCGGCAAUUAUGGGACCUUCUGGUGCUGGUAAAAGCAGUCUGCUCAACGCCAUCUCCGGUUUUAGAAAAUCUGGCGUAGAGGGCACUGUUCACCUCAACAAAAAAGCUUCGUGCUAUAUCACACAGGAGGACUACCACCAGCCGCUUCUGUCAGUGGAAGAACUCAUGCAUAUUGCUUGCCAACUGAAAAUUAAAGGAAAAUCCGACUAUAAUGAAACUAUUACAACCGUGUUGUCUGAUUUGAAUUUGAACCAUCGGCGGAAUGUAACCGCAGAUAGACUGAGUGGGGGCGAGAGAAAGCGUCUCUCUAUAGCCCUCGAAAUGGUUGCCAAUCCAUCAAUAUUUUUCCUAGAUGAACCUACCAGCGGUCUGGACGAGGUAACUGCUGCCACGUGUGUUCGUUUAUUCAGAGAUCUUGCCAAACAAGGACGUACCGUAGUAUGCACAAUACAUCAACCAUCAGCUAGUAUAUUUGCCUUGUUUGAUCACAUCUAUGUGAUAGCACGAGGUCAGUGCGUUUUUCAGGGUAGUCCUAAGGCGGUUGUCCCGUUCCUAUCUCAUAUGCAGAUUGAAUGCCCCCGACACUAUAACCCGGCAGAUUUCAUCAUUGAAAUAUGCGAUAGUGAGUCUGCAGAAGUUAUUUCAACCCUUCGCGAUGCAAUGCAGAAUGGUAAAUCAAUUUGCACGAGGUCUCAGCUCGCAGUUACCACCGGGAGCUCUGCUUUGAUUGUAGAAGAAGAACCGAAUUCUUUAGAACCAGUAAGCGAUUUCGUGAUUAAGCCAACUGUUACCUCAAUGAUAUUGGAGCAACAUCGACCCAAAUUUUCGACGUUAGUGCAAAAAAUGAAGCAAAUUACGCGAUUUUUUCACAGCCCACACGCCGUAUCUGGGUUCUUGCAGUUUUGGGUACUGUUCCGGCUGAUGUGUACAAAAACAAUGCGGAACCGAACGAUACUUUGGAUACAGUUUGUUCAUCAUGUGAUAUGUGCUGCCUUCAUUGGGCUAAUAUUUUUAAAUUCCGCUAAUGAUGGAGCCCGUAUGUUUGAUCAUCUAAAAUUUUGUCUUGGAAUAUGUUUCUUCUUCUGCUACACCCAAAUAAUGGUACCAAUAUUGAGUUAUCCUCGUGAGGUUAAAUUGGUCAAAAAGGAAUGCUUCAACGGUUGGUAUGGCCUGUUCCCGUACUAUCUAGCACUGACUCUCUCAAGACUGCCCCUUCAAAUUUUUCUCAAUGUUAUAUUUACCAUGGUUGUUUAUUGGCUGAGCGGUUUACCAGUAGAAAUGUUCCGUUUUGUGCUCUUCUCGCUCGUUGGAAUCAUUGUAUCUCUUUGCGCAGAAGGUUUUGGACUAAUGAUAGGCGCCACGUUCAAUGUAAUGAACGGCUCAGCCAUUGGACCACUUAUGAUAGCACCAUUUCUCGGGUUGGCAAUUUAUGGAUUUGAUUUCGCUCCACAGAUCCCGGUCUUGAUGCAGUGGUUAAUGCGAGCGUCAUUUAUUCGCGGUGGUGUCGUUUCAAUUGUAUUAGUGGUGUUUGGUUACAAUCGCCAACGACUAGACUGCAAUGAAAUGUACUGCCAUUUCGAUGACCCGAAGGUACUGCUGCACUACGUACGGAUUGAUAAUACAACGCUGCUCUUCGAACUAAGCGUGUUGAUUGCAAUGACGCUGUUUUAUCGACUGCUGUGUUAUCUCAGUUUACGAAGGCGAUUUUACAAAUAAGACAGAUAAAAUAUGUAAUAAAUAGACAGGAAUAUGUGAUUAUUAUUUAGACUACACUGUCUUUAUUGGAUCUUGGAUUUUUGAAUGUGGUAUACUCGGGUAUUGAAUUAAGAAAGACUAAUUAAGUAAUAGCAUUAACUUUACAUUCCAAGGGCGGAAAUAUUCACAAAAUUAUUUCCUUUCUCUACAUUCAGAGGAUAUUUCUUUCCCAAGAUUCCUUUUGAGCCAAAUAUAUGACAACACAUUAAUUUAAAAGCUGUUCUAGGAAGCGUUUGUACUUAUGAUAGUAUAGGAAAAAUUUAUUUCAACAAAAUAUAAUAAAAGCAUUUUUAAUUAUA